CCAAACAAGGCAUUACAACUAGAUUUUCUCUAACACUGUCGUUUUCCGUAAUAUCUAAUCCAAAACUAAUUCUAGAAACAGAGAAAAAAAAUCGGAAAAGGGCAUUUGAGAUUUGUUAUUGUUGUUGUUGUUUUUUCCCGUUUUAAUUUGUUAGUAAGAGUUUUUUCUUUCUUGCGAUUGAAGGUACCCCUGGGGUUUCUUCAUCCCCAAUCAAACCCUAUCUCUUUCCUCUGCACCAAUUUCCCUCCUUCCGAAAAAACCCUAACCUUCAUCGGUUUCCGAGCUCGACGAAUCCCAGCCGUUCUCUUCCUCCGAUGGGCCGCGAAUCGUCUUCCCCAGCUCACCCUUCCAUGGCGCCGCCGACCUUGCUUGCUCUGUCGGUGCCAUCUCCGCCUCAAACGACGAUGACGAAAGUUCAAACGACGACGACGACAACGCCGACGGCUUUAGCGCCGGGCUUCAGGUUCCACCCGACCGACGAAGAGCUCGUCAUUUACUAUUUGAAGAGGAAGGUCUGUGGAAAGCCUUUCCGAUUCAACGCCAUAACCGAGGUUGAUGUCUACAAGAGCGAGCCUUGGGACCUCGCAGAUAAGUCGAGUUUGAAGAGCAGGGACCAGGAAUACUACUUUUUCAGUGCCUUAGAUAGGAAGUAUGGUAAUGGGGCUAGGAUGAACAGGGCAACCAACCAAGGAUACUGGAAGGCCACUGGCAAUGACCGCCCGGUCCGCCACGACUCCAGGACUGUUGGAUUGAAGAAAACAUUGGUUUUUCAUAGCGGGCGGGCUCCAGAUGGUAAGCGAACUAACUGGGUUAUGCACGAGUACAGGAUUGUUGAUGAAGAGUUAGAGAAAGCCGGGGUUGGCGCCGCGCAGGAUGCCUUUGUGUUGUGUAGAAUAUUUCACAAGAGUAAUAUAGGACCGCCAAGUGGGCAGCGAUAUGCUCCUUUUAUUGAGGAGGAGUGGGACGACGAUGACUCUGCUGUGGUGCCCGGAGUGGACAAUGCGAAUGAAGUAGUAGCUCGUCGCCAUGCAAUUGGAGGAAAUGGUCACCGUAUGUACAUUGAGAGCAAUGCUCAUGACACACUUGUUGAAGGGGAUACAGUUAUGCAGGAUAUUCAAUCCACCAAAAAGGCUUUGGAUCUUCCUAGACAUGAUCAAAAUGUUUUAUCCGCAUGCAAGAUCGAACGACCAGAUGAUUAUCCAGUGCCGUGUCAGGUUAACCGAGAAGACAGUUUGGAUGGUCGUCCUGUACCAGGGGCAAAUGAUCAGGAACACUUGUCAUUGGUGGUUGAUCGAGUCUCCUCGCCUCUGCUCAUGUAUAAAAGAAGGCGGCAUAAUGAUUCUAAUUCUACCAAUUGUAAUGCAUCAGAAAACUCAAGUGGGGCUACUCAGGAUCGUGGCUCUUCUGUAACUACAGCAGCGACAACAAUGUCAACAAUGACAACGGCAACAAAUAAACCACCGACGACGAGAAAUUUUCUCUCUGCAUUGGUGGAGUAUUCACUGUUAGAGUCCAUUGAACCCAAAGAGACUACUCCAGUACCUCCUGAGCUCGAUGCUGCUAAUCUUGAUGCAUCUUUGCCUCCUAGCUGCGUGAAAUUCAUACAAGAUUUGCAAAAUGAGAUCCACCAAGUUUCAAUAGAGAGAGACACAUUGAAAUUUGAGAUGAUGAGUGCCCAAGCCAUGAUUAACAUCCUCCAAUCUAGAAUUGAUCUUCUGACCAAGGAGAACAAUGAUCUGAAAAGAAGCAGCCAGGGUGUCUAGGGGGUUCAUAAUCCCAUUUUCUUCAUCAUGUGUAACCGUUGGCUCCUUAUGAGCCGUCUGCCCAUAUCAACCAGUUUGAGGGAUCGUAUUCUCUCUUAGAUUUAGAAACUAUCUUGUUUAUGGAGUCGUUAGCUAUUAUUAUGUAGCAUAAGACUAAAUAAUGUGGCAUGUGUAUUGGCUCCUAGUUGUCAAACUUAUGUAGCUUAAACCUUCAUGUUUUCUAAAUCGAACCUUUUGUCAAGCCCGUUAAGUAGCUGGAAUCUUGUAAUGUUGUGAAGAAUCUGUGAUGUGAAGUGAAAAUUUUACAGGAAAGAGAGUAGGCCCUGACCUCAAAUUUUCCUGAGAAUGAGUUUGGGAUCCAUAUGUAUGAAGUUUGAUUGUGAUUGUUGUGGGGGUCUUCAUUCAUUGUGGCUGCAUUAUGUCCAGAGACAGAAGAAACAAUCUGGGCUGGUUUUCGAUUUUGGCAAGACUUUUGCGGUUCUUGAUUUACUUGCUGUGUUCAGGACACAAGAAAACAUCUGGGCAUUUCUAGAUUACUGCAAUCUGUUUAUAUUGCAACAGUAUAGCUUCACCACUAACAGAUGUAACUGGAAAGCUAGUUCUGGAAAGCUGUGCUUGAACAAUUACUAUUAUGUUAAUGUGGUGGUAGGUAAAGUUUUGAUUAUUUAUUGUUAGAGCAUUUUGAAAUCUUCCUUCA